UCGUCCUUUAUAAUGGCUCCUUUGUUUACCUGCGCUCCGCAAUAAAUGACGAGCCGGCUCAGGAAGUGUAUUCCAACUUGACAGAGAUGUCAUCUCCAGGCAUGGGCACCCCCAGUGACCCCCUCUUGGCCAGUCCAGGAGGGAGGUUACCCACAGCUCAGGAAGGCAUCUGGCGGAGCUCACUACCUAAAACUGCCAGCUUCCCAACAUCCACCACCCGCCACCUCAGCCACAGAGCCAACAACUUCCAAAGACAGCCAAAGCGUAGGAAGUUAAUACGACCUUCACCACCUCCCCCACCUAACACACCCUGCCCCCUGGACCAGCUGGACCUUAGUGAGCUCCCCCCAAGAAGGACUUUCCAAGAGCUGCUUUUCAACGGCUGCGUCCUGUUCGGCAUUGAAUUUAGCUACGCCAUGGAAACGGCUUAUGUGACUCCUGUGCUUUUACAGAUGGGCCUACCUGAUCAGUUCUACAGCUUGGUGUGGUUUAUCAGUCCCAUUCUUGGAUUCCUCGUUCAGCCUCUCAUCGGAGCGUGGAGUGAUCGUUGUACAUCCAGGUUUGGGCGGAGGAGACCCUUCAUUUUUGCUUUGGCUGUAGGGGCUUUGAUCGGUCUAACCCUUGUGCUUAAUGGACGGGACAUUGGGGGUAUCAUGGCCGACACGGCAUCAAACCACAAGUGGGGAAUCAUUCUGACAGUGUGCGGUGUGGUUCUGAUGGACUUCAGCGCCGAUUCAGCCGACAACCCGAGCCAUGCCUACAUGAUGGACGUGUGCUGCCCAGAAGACCAGGACCGAGGACUGAACAUCCAUGCAUUACUAGCAGGACUAGGAGGAGGCUUUGGCUACAUUGUUGGUGGCAUCAACUGGGACCAGACACAGUUUGGAAGAUCAGUGGGAGGUCAGCUGCGUGUCAUAUACCUGUUCACGAGUAUCACACUGGUGAUCGCCGCAGCCAUGACUAUGAUGAGUAUUCCCGAGAGGCCGUUACCAAAAAGCCAAACUAACAAAAGCUCAGGUAAAAACAACCUGAAAAGCCCCAGCCUCCCCCUUCCUCCUUCCCCUCCUGUUCCCCCCGGAGCGGCUCUGGGACAUGAUGAUGAGGAGGAAGGGCUUUACAGCUACAACUUUGCAAAUUCUCACCAAAGUAAUUCUGACCCGUUGGCCCACUCUUGCAGUGCCAAUGCACGACUUUGUGCUGGCCUCACCAGCCCCAUCUCACCACUGAGCCCCCUCACUCCAAAGUACGGCAGCUUCAUUAGCAGGGACAGCUCGCUCACAGGCAUCAAUGAGUUUGCCUCCUCAUUAGGAACUUCCUACAUAGACAGCGUGCUUAUAGACUGCUACACAGGUCAGCAGACUCCUCCGGCCCUGGCCCAAAGCUCCACCGCUUUACCCCUGCCUCCAGGGCACUUCCCUCCUCCUGAUAAAUCCUCACAGAUGGAAGAGAACCCUCCUGCAGGACAAACCCAGGUUGAUACUGGGUCCCAUCCAGCUGCGGAGGGUCAGAAUGCUGAAACAGUCCAGCCUGAGAAAGAUGCACAAACUCACAAGGCUCAGGUUUCAGCUGGGUCUCAGCCUGCAGGGUUGCAUCGGGGCUCCACUGCUGGCAUCCUGAAGCGACCUCAGAGCCUUGCACUGAUGGAGGAGCCCACAGCAACACAUGUUGUUGGGCUAGAGAACGGACGCAGGAGAACGGUGACUUUCAGUCAACAGGUUGCAAACAUUUUGCUGAAUGGAGUACGCUAUGAGAGCGAUCUAAGCGAGAACGUGGAGACGGGAGAAACCCAAAUGUCCAUGAAGCUGCUCUGUAUAGCCAUCUACAGGAUGCCUCCCUCACUGAGGAGUUUAUGCACUAAUCAUUUUCUAGGCUGGCUGUCAUUUGAAGGCAUGCUGCUCUUCUAUACUGACUUCAUGGGGGAGGUGGUGUUUGAAGGAGACCCCAAAGCGCCCCAUGACUCUGAAGCUUACCAACGCUACAAUGCCGGCGUCAGCAUGGGCUGCUGGGGCAUGUGCAUCUAUGCAUUCAGUGCUGCUUUCUACUCAGCCAUACUGGAGAAACUAGAGGAGCGUUUCUCUCUUCGAACUCUCUAUUUUUUUGCCUAUUUGGCAUUUGGUUUGGGCACAGGCCUGGCAACACUAUCCACCAACCUCUACGUGGUGCUUUCGCUCUGUGUCACCUACGGGGUGCUCUUUUCCUCGUUAUGUACGCUGCCUUACUCUCUGCUGUGUGAAUACUACCAGAGCCCUCAGUUUUGUGGCUCGUCAGAGGAGGGAACCAGACGAGGGAUGGGGGUGGACAUCUCUCUGCUCAGCUGUCAGUACUUCCUGGCCCAGAUCCUGGUUUCUGUGGCGAUGGGACCUCUGACCACACUGGUGGGCGGGGCUCAGGGAGUGAUGUAUUUUGCAAGCCUGAUGUCAUUCGUGGGUUGCCUGUACUCAUCUCUCUGCGUGGUGUACCAUCUGCCCCCCCCUGAGGGUGAGCCCCCCGAAAGCGAGACCCAGCCACUAUUGGCGCACAUUUAACUAAACCCCUCUUCAUUCUGUUUUACCUCACCAACACACCGAGCAGCACGCACUCCCUUACUGUCUUUUGGUGUCUGAGUGUCUGAUAGUGACAGACUCACUGCGCAUCCCGCCGCACACUGUAACAGCACAGUUUAUCUGGUUUACACUUAUCAGCACCGCUCUUGUCAGAGCCCAACAGACAGACAGACAUUGGCCACCUCUCUCCCAAGUGUAAAACAUGACCCAUGUGUUCAUACAGUGUGUGUGCCCACACAUAUUCCACCCCCCUCCCCCCAAUUAUUCCAAAUGGCCAUUUUGAGUCC